AUGUCAAAUCAAUUAGUUAAAUCCAAUGUUGGUAGAAUGAAUUAUUUUUUUGGACUUCAAAUUACAGAAUUAUUAAUUUAUAACCAACUUAAACAAAUUCAAAAUUCAAUGAAAAAAAGUUGUAAAUAUGUUGAAAAAGAUUUAAUUCCCUCUGAAAAAUUUCAUGUUACUGUAUUUGUUAUGGAAUUAACAGAUGAACAAUUAUCAAUUGUUAAAUCAACAUUAAUGCCACAAACUAAAUUAUUAGCUACUGAAAUAUUUGGUGAAAAUAAUAAACCUUCUUCAUCUAUAAAAGGAAUAGGUUCAUUUAAAGAUAGAGUUAUAUGGGCUGGUGUUAAUGAAAAUCAUGAUGGGUAUAGUAAAAUAGUGGAUUAUAGAAAUCGUUUAUAUAAAUUAUUUAAAGAUCAAAAUAUUAAAGUUGAAGAAGAUAGAGAUUGGCAUCCUCAUAUUACAAUUGCAAAAGGUAAAAAUAUACAAAGAAAUUAUCUUCAAAUUAAAAAACAUAUGGAUGAAAAUAUAGAAUUUGGUUUUCAAAACUUUUCAAAACUACAACUAAUGAAAAUUGGUACUACUGACCCAAUAACUAAAUAUUAUUUUGUUGAAGAUACUAUUGAUUUAUAA